AUGGCAAGGCAGUACUUCUUCCAGUUGGAGAUGGCGUCUCCAUCGAUGCUGGGCCGUUCCGGUCCCGAUUUCUUCGAGCAAAACACGCAGACGGUGGAGGAGACCUACGAGCUGCGCGGCGAAAAAACGUUCUACGCCAAGUGGUUGGCGCAGAUCAUGCUCUACGUCACCGCAGGACACGAGCAGGCCGGCGCCGUCGAGGUCUACGCGCAGGACGUCUCGUGGACAGCCUUUCGCUGGACCAAGGGCCAGAAAUGCGGCACCAAACAGGCGGCCACCGCCACGGCGCUGUUGAUGUCCUUCACCAACCUGCCGAUGCCCAGGCGCGGCAGGGUGGUGGUUUUUGGUGAACUUUCAAGGGAAAAAUUGCGGCCAGAAAAUCCAUAUUUUCAUGGUUUAUACCACCUAUCAACAUGGUGA